AAUGAGUCUGCUCUACAGCCUCAGCUAACAGCCAGUUGGCUUUUUGCUCAUGUGGUAGCGGCUCAUGCACUAAACUACAGAGCCUCAGCUUCAAUCCCACCCAGCAAUGACCAGGGGCUGUUGGUAUUGCACUGUAACUUAUGCACCUUAACUUCACACCUUUACUGCUACACCAUCUAGAUAAUCACUCAGUAAGGGAAGAGAAUAGGGGGAGGAUAUCUUAAUUCCUUUAGUAUAAAAUGCUUUUAACUGAUUUUCCAUGACAUCUGCAUAAAUGGGGGUCUACAGAUAUUCAGGCUAUGUCUACACUAGCACUUACUGCGGAUUAACUUAUGUUGCUCAGGGGUAUGAAAAGGCCACCCUCCCUGAGCAACACAAGUUACAUCAAGCUAAGGGCUGGUGUUGACAGUGCUAUGCUGGUGGGAGAGCUUGUCCUGCUGACAUAUAGUUACUUCUGCUCAUGGGGCUGACCUAGUUAAACUGAUGGGGAGCUUUCUCCUGUCAGCACAGAGCUGUUACAUUAGAGAGCUUACAGCAGUGCAGCUGCAUUGCUGCAGUUUCCCCACGGUAAAUUGUCUAGCGUAACCGUAGCCUCAGACACAAAUCUCUCUGCUGGCAAAGGAGCAGCCACACAAUCAGCAUCAGAGUUGUCAAGCAAUGAAUAAUAAUAGUUCGUUUAACAUCUCAGUCAUCAAUAUAGCCUGUGUCCUCAGUGCUAAGAAAAUGUGGGGUUUUACCAUGGGAUAACUAACGUGCAUUAGCUAUCCCACUGUAAAAACAUAGUAGAGAUAGGACACGUUAGUUUCAACAAAAGGCAAAUUAGGUGAGGUCAGCUCCAUGCCCCCCAAUGCAAAGGAGGAACAGGAUAAUUCAUUGUAAAAAAAUAAUCCUUGUAAACUUGUCAAAAUGAAGAACAUCACUAAAAUAUAUAAUAUAAAAAUAUGAAGCAUACAUAAAAGGCUAUGAAAUUAAAAUAUGCAUAAACAAUUCAGUAGAAAUGUUAAGAUUUAUGUAUGUAACCAAUAAAGCAAUAAAAGAGUGAAGUGUGCACUUCAGUGUUUGCAGGAUGGCAAAUUACUUGCAGAAAUAAGGGUUUUUAAUAAGUUUUCAUUUACAAAGGCACAGAGAAAAAAAAUCACAUCUUACUGGAAGUCCAAAACAGCUCUGAAUGUUACAGGAACGUACAACUGGUUUAGGUAUAUGGAUUCUUUGGGAGAGGUAAUGGAAAAAGUAUGAAGCUAGUGCCACCUAAAGGCUCAGAAACAAAAAGGCAAAUUAAAAGAACCUAAAAUGUAUUUUAAUUUUGUGACUUUGGGGUGCAUAACUCAUGAUUUUUGAAUACUUGUGGUUGUAUACUUAUAUUUAGAAAAAAUUACAAUAGAAAUUUAUGUUUGAGAAGGAUUUCACAGAAGAUAGUAUAGUGCCCUCUGGGCCAGAUUUUGAAAGGUAUUUAGGUGACUAGUGGGACUUUCAAAAGCAUUGAGACUCUUUCAGCCUUUAAAAACCUGGCCUGUAGAGACUGUUUGCAAAUCAUAUUCUACACACCAGUGGUAACAUGUGACAAAGGAGGAAAGUCCUGGAUAAAAAGGUAAAAUAAAGGUGACAAAAGCAAUUUUGACUGGUGGAUUAAAGGAAACUGAAGUUUGACAUCAACAGUGGAAAUCAGUCAGCCUUGAUGUGAUAUGAUCCUAAAGAAUACACAGAUGUAUUAAAAAAACAGAAUUAAAAACUAAUGUCACAAUAUAAACAGGAAGUGCUACAACAGAAACACUGAGAUGUGAUUGCUGAACCUACUAGCAACUAUGAACAUUUUAAAAUGAUUAUUGCUCCUAAAAUAUCAUCUAAACAGCACAAUGACAUUCCUCUGCCAUGGGUUAAGGAAGGUGAAUGAACUGCUCAGAGUAAUAAAAAUAACAGUUUAAAAGUAAAGAAUUUAAAGGAGCGAAACUUGACAUCCAGGCGAGCACAAGAAAAAGGACAGGCCAAUUCAGGCAGUGAGAAACGCAGUCCGGACACACCUGUGAAGCGCGAUGAGGCUUUACACUGACAUGGAAACUGACACGGGGUGCGUUUAAACAGUGCCCAUGCUGAUUUCCAGAGGGAUGGCGGGUAGGACGCGUCUCCCUUACCCGCUCCGCACAGGGUAUCAGACAGGGCAGAGUUGCCUGAUCUAGGCACUGGGAUGCGCUGAGCUCUGCAGAACGGGGCCCUGGCCAUGCUGCCCUGCAAUGGGGGGAAGCCCCUCUGCCCGGCCUGCACCCCGUUCUCAUCCCCAGCUCGAACCUCCCAUCCCUGAUCGCGCCCCUCAGCCCUUCCCCCGCCUCCAGGUGUCUGGCCAGCCAGUGCCACCGCUUCGGGCCCCUCCCCCCGGAGACCUGCCGCGCUAGCUUCCGGAGAGCAGCAAUUCUCAAGUCAGGGCAGCGUGAAGGCAGCGGCUUCAGCAGCCGUUACUGAGCAUGCUCACUUCAUUGGCGCAUGCUCAGAACCAGUUGUCCGGCCCCCUCCUAUUUCUCUCCGGUGCUCGCUGCCAGGACACCCCGGCAACCAGCAUCCUAGCUGGCAGGGGCGGGGCGCGGCGGGGAUUGGAAGCGCCGCUAGCUCAAGCGGCUGGUAAAGGCGGCGCUGCUGCGGACAGCGAUGGGGCUGUGGCGGGGGAAGCCAGAGCCGCAGAGCUCGGCUCGGAUGUUCCCGCCGUGGGACCAGGGGCAACGGCCGCUCCUCCCCAUCGUCUCUUAAAGGGCUAGUAGCAGCGCCCCUUUCACUGUGCGAAUCAGCCCCUUCCCGCAGCCCUGGCGCCGCUCCCCGUCGCUGCUCUUUCUUGCUCGUUGUCUCUCGCUUCCUCCCUCCGUUCCCUUUCACUUCCGGGGUCAGAGUUGCCGCGGCUGCUACUCGGUAACCAGUUUCUGCCUGGAGCCCGGGCAACGGAGCCGGCAGCAGCCCGCGCUCUCUGAAGGCCCCGGUCUCCCCAUGGCCAGUAACCCGCAGCCCCAGCCCCCUCCUCCGCCGCCCCCUCCUCCUCCCCCACAACAGCAGCCGCCGCUGCCCGGGGCCUCCGGAGGGGGCGGCGCGGUGGAGCCCGAGCUGGUGUCCGUGAUUGUUAAUCACCUGAAGAGCCAGGGGCUGUUCGACCAGUUCCGCCGAGACUGCCUGGCCGACGUGGACACCAAGCCUGCCUAUCAAAAUCUGAGACAACGUGUUGACAACUUUGUUUCCAACCACCUGGCAACUCACACUUGGAGUCCUCAUCUCAACAAGAAUCAGCUGAGAAAUAAUAUUAGGCAGCAGGUUCUCAAGUCUGGAAUGUUGGAGUCUGGAAUUGACAGAAUUAUUUCUCAGGUUGUGGAUCCAAAGAUCAACCACACAUUCAGACCUCAGGUGGAAAAAGCUGUUCAUGAGUUUUUAGCCACAUUAAAUCACAAAGAGGAAGCAAGCCCCAGUACAGCCCCUAGUGAGGAAAAAGCAGAUGCUUCCAUCACAGUACAAGGCAUUUCUACUACUGCUCCUAGUGCUAAUGUAGCUAGUGAUGCCAUGUCCAUUUUGGAAACAAUAACUUCUCUUAACCAGGAAGCAAGUGCUGCCAGGGCUUCAACGGAGAAUACAAAUUCCAAGAACAGUGACAGAACUUCAAAAAGAUUCUCAUCUCAACAGAGUGUUGAUGGUAGCACAGAGAGAGAGCGAAACUCAGAAGACUUGCCAGACCAAGAGAAACCCAUUUGUGAUUCUUCAGAAGGAAGUGAAGCAGUUGCAAAGUGUGAAGAUUUAAAUGAACUCCCCUGUCCAAGUGAAGAAAUCAAAAAUUCAACAAAAGAUAUUAACAAUUUAAUUCAUCCAAGCAAAGAAAUUCUACAGGAAAGUGAUGACCAGAAAAGUAAAUUAACAGAUAAAGGUGACAGGAAACCAGAGAGCACUGAGAAAGGGGAAAGAAAAAAAGAGAAAAAAGAAAAGAAUGACAAGAAGUUUGACCAUUCAAAGAAGAAUGAUGAUGCCCUAAAAGCAAAAGAAGAGAAGCUAGUGAAAGAGAGAGAGGCAGAAUCAGUAAAACAGUUGGCUCCUGAAAAAAGCAGCAGUAAACACAAGAUAACAGAAGGUGUAAAAGAAGAACAUAUUUUGGAGGAUUCAGACGUGGAUUUACUCAGUGAUAUCACUGUUAGCUCUGUCCAUACCAGUGACCUCUCUUCCUUUGAAGAAGAAAGUGAAGAGGAAGCUGUGGUUUCCGAUAGCACUGAGGAAGGAGAGAUCACAUCAGAUGAUGAAGAAGAGAAGAACAAUCAGAGUAAAAUAAAGCCUCAGACUAAUGAGGUUUGCGAUGGAAAAGCCAAACCUGUCCGUCAUGCAUAUGUUCACAAACCUUUUCUGUACUCCAAGUACUACAGUGAUUCCGAUGAUGAACGGACUGUAGAGCAACACCGUCAGUCUAUUGCCAGAGAAAAAGAAGAGAGACUCUUAAGGAGGCAGAUUAAUAGAGAGAGACUUGAAGAGAAGCGUAAACAGAAGGCUGCAGAGAAAACAAAGUCUCUGAAAAGUGGGAGUCAGGGUGCUGAAGGUAAAAGUGGCCUGAACUUGGAAGAGUCUUCGACAAAAGAUUUUGAAAUGAAACUUACUGGUACCAGCAUUAAGGAUGUUCUUAAAGAACAGAAGUUUUUAGAAAAAAAAGUAGCCCUGAGCAGGAAAAGAAAAAGAGAUUCAAGGUACCUAUGUUUUCCCUUCUCCUAUACCUGGGGACUUCACCCAUUCUACAUGAAUUCUCAAAGGCAUGUUGAAGAUAGUUGGGAAAAGAAAUAUGAGCAUCCUGAAGAAGAUUCCAAAGAAACACAAAAGACAAAUGAGACCUGUGAAAAAAUCUCUUCAAAGGAGGUGAAGCAUAAUCAUGGAAAAAGCGAAGUGACUAAGCCUGUUAGAAGAGUUUCAGAGUCAAUACAUUCAACUGAGGAAAGCAAAAAUGAUCCUAAAGUGGAAAGAGAACUUAAAAGAAAAACAUCUACCUCUCUUCAGAUAGAAGGAACGCAGCAGGACACAGAAACAAGGGAUCCCAAAAAGCAGCUGGAGAGAGCUGACAUUAUUAGCACUGAUGAACUGCAGAAGCAGAAAUAUGCCUUUAAAAAUGAAAAACAUCUGAAAAAAGAUGAUACAGAAAUUCAAAAUUUAAGAAUUGUUGCCAAGAAAGAACUCAAAUCAGUUAGAGAUAAAAAUGAAAAAGAGAGAACUCUUUCAGAAGAUAAAUUGUUAGUAAAACAUAAAUGUAAAGGAGACAGUGUAUAUAAAAUAAGCGAUGAUAUUGACCUCCAUUCUUUUGAAAGAAGCUUGAAAGGCGAGGAUAGUGUUCAAAAACAUAAUCAACAAACAAAGGUUCCAUCAGAUGAUAAAUCUGAAAGAAAAAGUAAACACAGAAGUGAAAGGAAAAUAUCAACAACUAGCAAAGAUGGAAAAAAUGUUUCUGAAUACACUUUAAAAAAUGAAGAAAUGGUGCGUAAAGAAAAUAACAAAAAAGACAGACACAUUUCAACAGAGAAGUCAAGAGCGGAAUACAAGACCAAAAGGUCAUCAAGUGAUUCUAGGCCCCAGAAGGAUUCUCAGGGUAAUUCUAAGCAACUUGUUUCUUCAUCACAGAGAAGGAGUGAAAGCUAUUCAGAAGAUAAACAUGAAAUAGAAUCAACUAAUUCAGAUAGUAAUUUAAGGCAAGAAGAUAGUAUUCACAGAGACAGACGAAGAUCGAAGAGCUUCUUAGAAGACAAGUUUUUGUUAAAGUCUAAAUCUAAGAGUCACAGUAAACAAUCCAAACCAAUUGAAACAGAAUUACAAGAAAGUUUUACAAAACACGAGACUGUUCAAAAACCAGACAAAGAUAAGAACAUGGAAGAGAAUGACACAGAUAAACAACGCAAAUCCAAGAAUGAAGAUAAAGUUUUUGAAGAAAGCAUUGUUGAUUUUGAGCUAGAAAGUGGGAUGCGCUCAAUUUAUAGUUCACAAAAAGACAUUAGUCACAGAGUUAAAUUACAAGCAGGCGAAAAGGUAACUGUAAAAGAGAAGAAUAAGAGUGAUAAAGAUUUAAGUUAUUCCAAACUGGAAAGAAAGCUGUCAGUAGAAGGUCACAAAAGCAGAAACUUAAAGCAUAGCAAUAAGGAAAUGAAGAAGAAGGAAGAGAGUAACAAAUUGGAGGACAAAGAUAUUACAGAAAUGGACGGUAGCCACGAAAAGGUGCAAGGGAUUAUAAUUAUGGAUAAAAAGUCAAGUAAAAAAUUAUCUUGUGAAAAUAAAAAAGGAAGCUUGUCAGCCCAUGAAAUGGCAAUGGAAGAGGAAAAAUUAGCAACUGAUAUAUUUGUAACCAGUCAUAUUCCAGCCACUCAAAGACCAUUCGGGACUAGUGAUGACUUGUUACAUUCUGAACAAGGAGAAGAGCCAAUGGAAGUUGAUUCAGAACAGACAUAUGCAAAGAUACAUGAAGCAUCUAAAAUUGAAGAAAAAAGUAGUAGUAAUUCACUACUAGACAUGGACUCUGAAAAUACUGCAAAAGAAAAUAUGAACCUACGUAAUUCAAAAAAUGAAUUAAGAAACAGGUUGGUGGAUUUUAAAGCAUAUGUAUCAGAGUUUCCAGCUAACAGAAAUUCUGAACAAACCAUUGAACAUGAAAGAAAUCCUAUUGAAGGAGUUCAUGCACUAGAUACUAUGUCCAAACAAGCUUCUGAGGAUCAAGGACCCAUUAAACUGGGGGCAUAUCAAAUGAACAUUGUGUGUGAAACAAGUGGCAGAAUUUUACUUAAUGCUCCUAUUAAGGAGCAGACUUCAGAAGAUGUCAGAAAACCAAAACAUUUAAACAAAGUUAAUCCUGUUGAAGAAAGUCUUUCUUUAGCAAUUAAUUCAUCCAGACAAGAUGCAUUCCAUAAAAAGUCCAUGAAUAUAUGUAUCUCAGACUUCACAGACUCUUUGCCUAAUGUAGCUAAAGAGGAAUCUCAUACUUCAGAUAAGAUUUCUUUGAAGAAAGACUCCUUUAUUUUAGACAAUAAUGCAACACAAACUGCAUAUGUGGAACAGGGUAGCCCUGUGCUAGGUUGUGUUAUGAAAGAAGCUGAGGUCACCAUGAUAAACACUGAAAAAAAAGAUGGUGAGACUCGUCUAAUUGGUGAACAAACAUUAGGAGAAAACAUGGGUGAUGUAAGUAUACAAGAAGGUUAUGAUCAAGUGACUACGUUAGAUAGUGUGCAAGGAAGAAGUGCGUAUAAUGUAACUGGUGGAAUAGAAGGCAAAAGCUCGAUGACUGUCCAAGCUGCAGAUCAUGGAGGUGUAAGCAUGAAAAAAUCUGUCUUAAUGAACCUGGAGAAAAAAGGAAGUUAUGAUAACUUAAAUAUAGGCACUGCUGCAAAGGAAGAAAAGGGUACCAUGGUAGACGUGGUCAAAAAGAGUGAAGGACAUGAUAUGGGUAACAUGGUAGAAUCAUCUUUGUUGCUAGUGCCAAUGAAUGUUAUGAGAGUUCCAGAAGAAAUAAUUAAAGACUCUUUUAUAGUUAGUGGAGCAGAAGAAGGUGAUGGCAUAAUAACUGACACUGAAGAUAAAAGUGAAAGCAAUGUAGUGGGCACCAGUGCAGGAAGUGUUGAUCACAUAUACAACAGGCUAGAAACAACUGAAGCCACUGCAACAGGAACUAGCACAGAGAAAAUGAUUGAGAGCAGUGUAAUGGCCACUAGUACAGGAGAAGGAAAAGGUGAGGGUGCUACAAUACACUCUGAAAAGGAAAGCAACGCCACAACUACUUGCUCAGAAGAAGAAAGUGAGGUUACUUUAAUCUGCACAAGCAUAGAAGCCGAUGAAGGUUUCACGACAAGUAUAUGGGCGAAAAGUAACGAAAGUGUCAAUUUCAGCACAGAAGCAGAUGGUGAGUGUACUGUUGCAGCAGCUGAAGAAGGUGGCGGUGUUGUCACUGGAGGAUUUGCAGAAACGGAAAGUUUCCUGACUAGUACAAAGGAAGGAGAAAGUGGUGAGUGCACCAUGAUUUAUACAGAAGAAAAUGGUAAAGUUUCAGUCAAUGCAGGCAGAAUAGAAAUUGAAGAUAAUGUGAACAGUGCUGGGACUGAAGAAAAAGAUGAUGCUGUAACUAGUGCAGGCUCGGAAGAGAAGUGCAAGACUUCAACUUGUAGACAUACAGGCAAAUUUGAAGGUUCUGUUACCUGUAUAAGUGAAAUUGAAAGUGAUGGUGCUGUAACCAGUGCAGGCACAGAAGCAGGUGAAGGAUCCAUGAGCAGCAACAAUUCAGAUGAAUGCCAGAGCAAUGUAACUGGUGCUGACCAGUUAAAAGAAAGUGAGGGUGCUGUGACUUGUACAGGUGCAGAAGAAAGAGGUCAUGGUUUCAUAAUUGGCUCAGUGCAUGCACAAGAAGACAGUGCUGUAACUGGCGCAUGUGUUGAAAUGGUCUUGAACAACAGUAUCAUGAGUGGAACAAGUGCUGACAAAGGUGAAGAUACUGUAAAUGGUGAAAGUGCAGUGACCAGCACAGGCAUAAUAGGAGAAGAUGAUGCUGAGACUGCAGCAAUCUGCACAGGACUAGAAGAUAGCAAUGAAAGUUUUGCAGUUGGCUUAGACAUAGAAAAAUGUGGAAGUGCAAUGGACAGUACAGAAGCAAAAGAAGAAGCUACGUUCACUAUGAUCAGCAUAGGGCCUUGUGACGAUGAAGGCUUUGUGACUAGCACAGGUGCCAAAGAAGAGGAUGAAGAAGGUGAGGAUAUUGUGACCAGUACAGGAAGAGGAAAUGAAGAACUAGAACAUGCUUCAACCUGUGCAGGAAUAGAAGGUGAAAGUGCACUCAUUUGUAUAGCGUCACAAGAAGGUGAAAGUUCCAUUUUCUGCAUAGUUGCAGAACAAGUAGAAGCUGAGUCUGGUAUGGCUGCCAUAAAUAUAAAUAAAGAUGGGGUUGACAGCAAUACUGGUGCAAAGAAAGAAGCUAAUGGUGGCAUAAUCUGCAAAAGUGCAAAGGGGAUAGUUGAGAGCAGCAUGGCAAGUGUAAGCAUAGGAGAUGAAGACAUUCUGACCCCAAAUACAGAAAAAUAUGAGGAUGCCAUGAUGUCUAUAGAUGUUGAAGCGUAUGAGGGUCCAAUGACUAGUGUAGUGACAGAGAGAGAUAAGGGAAAGGGAAAGGCAGAGAAAGAGUCUGCUGCUGCAGCUCAAGAAAAGAAUGACAAUAGUGCCGAUGGAAGUCAUGGCAGGAAAUGUGAGGGUCCAAUAAUCAGUGCAGUCACAAAGAAAGAUGAGAGUCCUCCUGCUUCUACUGAUGAAGAAAAAGCUAAAGGUGACGUGAUCUCUACCAGUACCAUAGAAGAAGGCGUUGCUCCCAUGCCACGUUCAGCCACAGAAAUUGAAAGUUCCCUCACUGUUGCAAGAACAGAUGAAAAUGAAAGUACUGUGGUCUUAAUAGACAACGAAGAAUUUGAGGCUCCCAUGCCUAGUACAGCCACAGAAUUCAAAGAGAAUACAUACACUGCCAGCAGUAAACAAGCAAAAGAUGAGUGUACAACAAUUUCCACCAGUAUCGUGGAAGAAUUUGAGGCUCCCAUGUCCAGUGCAGCUAUGGAAUAUAAUAGCCAGGUCACUGCUGCAAGAAAAGAAGUGAAUGAGAGUACUAUGUUUUGUAUAGACAUGGAGAUAUAUGAGGUUGCCCUGCCCAGUGCAUUCAGUGCUAGAGAUGAUGGAGAUCAUCCAACUGCAAGAGGCAAAGAAGAAAAAGAUGAGUGUGCUAUGAUUUCCACAAGUAUAAUGGAAGAACAAGUGAUCCUCGUGUCCAGUGAAGCCACAGAGAAUAGGAUUCAGCAUGUUGCUGCAGGCACAGAAGAAAAAAAUGACACUGCCAUGAUCUCCACAAGUAUGGACUAUUUUGAGGCUCCUAUGCCCAGUGCAGCCACACAAGAUGAGGAUCAGCUCACUGCUUCAGGAACAGAAGGAAGACUGGAGGCUGCCAUGAUCACCAGAAGUGAGACAGAAGAAUGUGAGAUAGUCCUUAUCAGUGCAGCCACACAAGCUGAAAGUCAACUAAUUGCAGCAGAAAUAGAAGAAAAAGAUGAGAGUUCCGUGAUCACCCCAAAUGCAGCAGAAGAAUGUGAGGUUGUUGAGACCAGUGCAGUGAGAGAUGAGCAGCGUGAAAUAACUGCUCUAAACACAGAAGGAAAAAGUGGUGGUUCUAUGAUUAUUGUUAGAAAGGUAGUAGAAUGUGGGGCUCCAAUGCUGAGAGUUGCCAGCAGCAGUGAAGAUCAACACAUUGCUUCAAGUAUAGAAGAUAAAGAGGAAGGUGCUGUGAUCACUCUCAGUACAAUGGAAGAAUGUAACAGUCUUUUCACCUUCUCAGUCAUAGAGGGAAGUCAGCUUGUUGGUGCAAACACUGAAGUAAAAGAUGAAAAUGUCAUCUUUAAUAGUACCGAAGAAAUUGAAUGCGUCCUGUCAUCUACAGGCCCAGAAAAAAGUGAUAGUUCUUUGCCUGUGGGUGAUAGAGAAGGAGAUGAAUGCAUAUAUAGGGGAGAAAAGGAGAUUCAUGAGGAUGCUAUGAUGGGAGAAUCAGUAGUAGCUAAGAUCACAUCAGACUCUGAAGUUGCAGAAACCCCUGAGACUACAGUGAACCUCAUAAGUGUAGAUGAAACCCUCUGUAUGGAAAUUAGUACAGAAUCUACAGUCAUUGUUAGCCCUUCUACAGAGAUGGGUGCAAGUGGUGAAAAAGCUGAAGAGUAUAUUCCAUAUGUGGAAGUUACAUCAGAACCUUGUAUUCCUUCAGAAGAAGCAAAGAGGAAUGAUCAUUUUAAAAACAUAGAUGAUAAUGUUAACAGUAGCUUAUUAUUAGAAAGUGACUUUUCUGAAGCAAGGACUUUACCUCCUACGGCACAAACUCUUCCGCUACUUUCUGAACAUGAAAGCAAAUUAACUGUAAAUACCAAUCAGGGUGAAAUAACUGUAGAAGCAAAACUGGGAGAAAAGAGUGACUUCCCUCAUCAUAUGGAUAAACAAUUUGAGAAUGAUGGCAAAAGAAACACUGUGGAAGUAGAUGAUAACCUUGGAAUCAAAGUUUCUAUUCAACAAAAUACAAGCUUCAAUUCAGGCAAGAAAGAAACUUUACCAGUCUUGGUUGAAGAACUGGAACUGAAAAUGAACUUGAAAACUGAAGAGCCACAAAAGUCUAGAAGUCCAACAAGGGAAGAGCUGCAUGAGGAGCCUCAUAUUGAAGAGUGUCUAAAAGAUUUGCCACUGAAGAAUGCUUCUUUCAAGAAAGACCCUAUAGAUGUGGAAAACUCUGACACACAAAGGGUUGAGGAGUAUAGCUGCAAAGAAAGGAAAUCUAAAUCUUCAGUAACUGCAGGUAAAGAAACAGCACAGGAAACUUCAAAUACCAUAGACAUGACAGAAGCAGCAAAUAUCCAGAUUGAAGUAAAAAAUGAAGAGAUAGAAAUACCUGAUCAGGAAAAAGUAAGCAGCAUACCAGGAAUGGGAAAAAACCAAUCGCCUACUCGAGAAGGUGAAUCAGAUGAUUAUCCGAUUACUCAGGAUUUGAGAAAAGGAAACAAACAGAGUCAGUGCUCCAAAAUAAAAGAGAUCAAGGAUGUGACCUCUGGAGAUGUAGCUGAGGUAUCCAAAGAAAUCAUUAGGAAACAUGCACCUCUUUCAAAUACUGUGGAAGAAAAAGAUGAGUUAACCAGCAAGCAGGAUACCUGUGAAAAAGCAAAGCAGAGCCUGGAGUGUAAUUUAAGUUCUGUAGAGGAAAAUCAACCUGUAAUAGUUAAGCGGAAAAGAGGAAGGCCUCGUAAAUACCCUCCUGAAGCAGUACAGAGUAGGGUGGAUUCAGAAGCUGACAUAAACACUGGGAAUGUUCAACAGUCUCCAAUUCUUGCUACUAGAGGAAAGUUUUCUCAAACAGCUAAAGAGACGUCUAAUAAGAAAGAAACAGCAAAUGAGGGUGAGGCGGGAAAAGCAGAGAUGACUGUGCGUCGAAGAGGAAGAAAGCCCAGAUGUUCUGUGAUUCCAUCAGAGGAAACUGAAAUACUGGAGCCGGAAAGAAAACAUCGGAAGUUGGCAUCUGCUGCUGAAGAGGAAACGAAAGAACAGGAGGAAGAUGAUGAUGAAGAUGAUGAUGAUGAUGAAGAUGAUGAUGAAACACACUCUGGAGCCACAACUAGAUCAGCCACGAGAUUAGAGGCUCAGAAAAAGCAGCCAAGCAAACCAACCACCCGUGCUGCUUCUAAAGGCAACAGCCCAAGUCCAGUUUCUCCUAAAAAACAGCAAAAUUCAGCAGCAAAAAAGAGGUCGCCUAGUGAGGCAAAAGUUAGCAAGUCUCCUCCAUUGGCGCAGUUAAAGAUGCAGACUAGCAAGCGUAAAAGGGAAGCCAGCCCACCAGCGGUACGGAGAAAAGGCCAGCUGAAAGUCGACGAAACACCAUUAAAGAAAACAAAGCGAUAAUUGUUACCAUCUGAUAAUAUUCAUGGAAAAGUUGGAAGAAGAGAGAGUGGUCUCUGCUUCUGUUUUGUUGUGUUAAAGCAAAGGUAUUUGCAUGUGCUUGUUUCUGAGCUCUAAGUUAAUAGAUGCAGAACUUAAGUUACAUUUUAAACAGUUUUAUAAACUAUGGUUUAUACAGAAUAUUAUACAGAUUAAAAAAUAAGUUUACUUUGUAUCUGAAAGAAAAACAAUUACAGAUUUUAACACUGACUCAGAAAGUUGGAAUUUCCCAAGGUGACAUGCUAAUACAGAUGCUUCCACUCCACCAGGCACUAAGGGCCUACUAAUAUUCUAUGUAUAUAAACUUGUAAAAAUAGGUUGUAUUUUACUGUGUAUGAAUCUAAUCAAUGAUGAAUGCUUUAUUUAUUGUAUGGAGAGGACUGGUCUGUAAACUUUAGUAUAUACCUUAGGUUUUAUUAAUGACAUUUUAAAUUCUAUGCAGCCAUCAGUAGGAAUCUUUUUUUUUUUUUUUUUUUUUUUUUGGGGGGUGGGGAAGCGGGGCUGUCUAAAAUCCAAAGUUCUCUGAAAUAUUCUCAGACAGCUGGUAAAAUAUUCUCUUGCAUGUAUUAAAGUAGAUUAGCAUAGUAAAGAGGACUCUCUUCCUUUUCUGUUUACAUUCAUAACUAUGUAUAAAAUAGGCAUCUUUCCAGAUUAACUUUUCAUCUCUGAAUUUUGUACCAACCUCAGUAGUAAAUAGUACUAGUUUAGCUUUAUUCAGACCAUUUCAGCCAAAACUAUUCUGAAGUAUGUUAUAUUUCACAACUUAACUGUUCUUUCAGUGUUUGUCUUUCAUUUAAGAGGGACCCAUAGAAGUGAUAUUUAACUUCAGAUAACUAUGGAGCUUCAGCAUUUUGUGUUACUUUUUAUACACAGGUAUUAAAAAAGUAGAACUUGGUAUUAUUGCCAGAAUCUUUUUUUAAUAUAUAUUAACUCUCGUAAGAGCAAAUGUUCAAGUUAAGUUUUACAUAGUUAAGCUUUUCUUAAGAUCAAAUUUGUCUCUUGCAAUGAUAUGAUGAGUUGCCAAAUAAUCCAAGAUUAUUUUGAAAUGUUUUGUUCAUAUUCUUGUUUUAUAAUUAAAAUUAGCAUUUUUUUUUGUUUUUCUUA